AGUGAUUUCUAUGGUAUUGGUCAACGUAACCUAAAAAUAUUUAUCAAUAUUUACGAAAGGUGCUGCUUUGGUUUCAUUAUUAAACAAUUAAUUCCUUAAAAAUCAUCAAUAACACAUUAAUACUUAAUAAACAAAAAUGUCAGUGUGGAAGAAGGCUUCUAAAGUUAAUCAGAAAGUGCAUAGAGAACGACACCAACCUGAAGAACGUAAGCACUUAGGGCCCCUUGAAAAACAUAAAGACUAUGUUGAAAGAGCAAAAGACUAUAAUACGAAAAAGGAGACAUUAAAAAAGUUACAUAAAAGGGCCUUAAAUAAGAAUCCAGAUGAAUUCUACCAUCACAUGAUAAAUUCAAAAAUUGUAAAUGGAGUACACCAUGAAAACCCUCCUGAAGAUGAAGACAGUCCAGAACAAUUAAAAUUAAUGCGUACACAGGACAUUAAGUAUGUAAUAACUAAAAGAACAGAAGAGCAAAAGAAAAUUGAAAAAUUACAAGCACUACUUCAUUUAUCCAAUGUUGACUGCAAGCCCAAAAAUAAACAUUUAAUUUUUGUAAAAAAUUUAGAAGAUGAUGAUAGUUACAAAACCAACUGUGAAUACUUGAAAAAGAUUGAAAUUCCUACUAUUGACUCUGAAACAUUCAAUAAAGUUACAAAAAAACAAAUAGCACUGUAUCGAGAACUAUCAAAGAGAAUAGAAAGAGAAAAACAAUUGGCCAUUGUUCAGCAAAAAAUUGAAAUGAAAAGACAUAUGGAACAUAAAACUGCUAUUCCACCCAAGAAAGUGAAAAAAGGCAGUAAAGAUUCUGCACCUGUGUAUUUAUGGAAGUAUGAAAGAAAGAGAUAAAUAUUUUGUAUAUUUAUAAAACCUUAUUGUAAACAAACUGUUAGAAACUUAUGGUAAUAAAAAAUCAAAGAAACUUA